GGGGAGUGGGCGAGGGGAGGGGAGAGAGAGCGGGUAAGCCAGCCACCAGGCAUAGACCUGGAAAUCAAAGCAAAGUUAGCAUUGGACAGCCACAAAUAUCUAGUUUUAGUUAUCGAUAUGCUUGGGUCGCGUCGUGGGUUUAGGCGACAGGAGCGGCUCGUUCAUGGACACUACUCGAUACGACGGGGGAACUGUGGACGUAAGAACAACGAGUGGCAAGAAGACGAGGAUUGCACACAGCAGUGACAAUAAAACAACACAACGAGGGUGAAGUCCGAGUACAGAAACAGUAAAUAUUACCGGCUUGCUGUUCGUAUUUGAAAUGAUUGUUUCCAUGCAGCGUAUCAAUGUGAACUUUAAUCUCAGGAAACAAUGAAGACCUAGCUAAGAACUCAUCAAGUGUGUGAUAGCCAUUCCGCCACCGUUAGCUAACGCCUGCUAGUGUAACCAAACAAGCAAAGUUAGCUUGCCGGCUAAUGCUAGCAGACAAGCGAGAGGCGUUUUUGUUCAACUUUUAGUAUUGUUCCCUUGGAGUCUAAGCACUGACGGGGUGUUCUUACAAAAUAGGGGAAGGGCGGGCUCCCUUCUGGACUGUUCCCCCUCUACAUAUUUCCCUGGAAUGAUGGCAGCGGAGGUCAGCAGCGAGGAGACAAGCUCGGUCACAACGGGGACAGGCGGAGGCCCGGAGACGGCCUCGUUCCCCUGCUAUCCCAGGUCAGCUAGAGUGAGGGGGGCUGAUCUGGGAGCCCUCCGUCAGAAUUCUAAUACAUCUCCGGACCCUCUCCCGGACAUCAGUAUGAUCUAUCCCCUGUCUAGUGGCGACACUAGCGCAUCAGCACUGUCCACCGCAGGGAGUGGCGGAUGUGGACAGUCAGUUUUCCAAGGAUCAAGCUCAGGGAACGUGGGCGGCGUGUGUUGCUCUCCCACUUUGGAGGCACCGGCCAGUCGGAUUUCACCUACAUCUUCAGGCCCGGAAGGGGUGACUGACUUCCCCCCACUACCCCCACCGCCUCCCCCUCCUGGUUUAGGGAGUCUCGGUGGUACUAUGGAUGAAAGCGACAUGCAAGAUGGGCCGGAAUACGAGGAAGAAGAGGUGGUGUUCCCCCUCUCUGCACCUCCCACAAACCAGUGGUACCAUGGCAAGCUAGACCGAACCAUUGCAGAGGAGCGGCUGCGUCAGGCCCGGACCCAUGGCAGCUACCUCAUCAGGGAGAGUGACCGCCGGCCCGGUUCCUUUGUCCUGUCUUUCCUCAGCGUGACCAACGUGGUCAACCACUUCAGGAUAAUCGCCAUGUGUGGGGACUAUUACAUUGGCGGGCGGCGAUUCUCUUCCUUAUCAGACCUAAUUGGUUACUACAGCUAUGUGUCUUGCCUGCUCAAAGGAGAAAAGCUGCAAUGGCCCGUGGCCCCUCCAGAGCCUGUAGAAGACAGGAGGAGAGUAAGGGCCAUACUGCCAUACACCAAAGUGCCAGAUACUGAUGAGAUCAGCUUCCUGAAGGGGGACAUGUUCAUUGUUCACAAUGAACUGGACGACGGCUGGAUGUGGGUGACCAAUGUUCGCACAGAGGAGCAGGGCCUCAUUGUGGAAGAUCUAGUGGAGGAGGUGGGGCGGGAAGAGGAUCCACAUGAGGGAAAAAUCUGGUACCACGGAAAGAUAACAAAACAAGAGGCCUACAACCUGCUGAUGACAGUUGGACAGGUGUGCAGUUUUCUUGUGCGGCCAUCAGACAACACACCUGGGGACUACUCCCUCUUUUUUCGCACCAAUGAGAACAUCCAAAGGUUUAAGAUCUCUCCCACACCCAACAACCAGUAUAUGAUGGGGGGAAGGUACUACAACAGUGUUGACGAUAUCAUUGACCACUACAAAAAAGAACAGAUUGUCGAGGGCUACAACUUGAAAGAUCCUGUUUCAGUGCAGCACCAGGAGCAAGUCAUCACGGACACAGUAGAUGGGCGAGAAAUUUACAACACAAUCCGGCGAAAAACAAAAGAUGCUUUUUAUAAAAACAUUGUCAAGAAAGGCUACCUCCUCUUCAACAAAGGCAAAGGCAAACGGUGGAAGAAUCUUUACUUCAUUCUGGAGGGCAAUGACGCCCAGCUAAUCUACUUUGAGAGUGAGAAAAGAGCCACAAAACCCAAAGGGUUGAUCGACCUCAGUGUGUGCUCUGUUUAUGGUGUACAUGACAGUCUAUUUGGCAGGCCAAACUGUUUCCAGAUUGUUGUCCAGCACUUUAGUGAGGAACAAUACAUUUUCUACUUUGCGGGAGAGGUUCCAGAACAAGCACAGGAUUGGAUGAAAUGCCUUCAAACAUUCUGCAGUAACUUAAGGAAAACAACUCAGCCCACCUCUAACAAAAGGCUAAGACAGGUGAGCAGCCUGGUGCUUUAUGUGGAGGAGGCCCACAAGCUACCAGUGAAGUAUUUCACCAAUCCUUACUGUAACAUCUACCUGAACAAUGUCCAAGUGGCGAAGACACACCCGAGGGAGGGUCAGAACCCAGUCUUCACAGAGGAGUUCAUUUUUGAUGACCUUUCAAGUGAAAUCAACAGAUUUGAAAUCAGCCUGAGCAACAAAACAAAAAAGAGCAAAGAAAGUGACAUAUUAUUCAUGCGUUGCCAGCUGAGCCGUCUGCAGAAAGGCCAGAUGAGUGAUGAGUGGUUCCAUCUCAGCUCUCACGUGCCUCUGAAGGGCAUCGAACCGGGCUCUUUACGUGUCCGCGCCCGCUACUCCAUGGAGAAAAUCAUGCCUGAAGAAGAGUACAGCGAGUUUAAAGAGAUGAUACUGCAGAAAGAGUUCCAUGUCAUCUAUGCUUUGGCCCACGUGUGUGGUCAGGACCGCACCUUACUGGCAAGCCUCCUCCUGAGGAUCUUCAGGCAUGAAAAAGUUGAAGCCCCUCUUCUCAGGACUCUCAAUGAUCGAGAGAUUAGCAUGGAGGAUGAAGCCACAACGUUGUUUCGAGCGACCACACUGGCCAGCACACUGAUGGAGCAGUACAUGAAGGCCACAGCGACGCCCUUCGUCCAUCACGCUCUGAAGGACACUAUUCUCAAAAUCAUGGAGAGCAAACAGUCCUGUGAGUUGAACCCAUCCAAACUGGAAAAGAAUGAGGAUGUGAACCUGAACCUGGCGCAUCUCCUCAGUAUCCUGUCAGAACUGGUAGAGAAGAUCUUCAUGGCCGCUGAGAUCCUACCAUCGACACUGAGAUUCAUUUAUGGCUGUUUGCAAAAAUCUGUGCAGCAAAAGUGGCCCACUAAUACGACAAUGAGGACUAGAGUCGUAAGUGGUUUCGUCUUUCUCAGACUAAUCUGUCCCGCCAUCCUCAAUCCGAGAAUGUUCAACAUCAUUGCUGAUCCUCCAUCAUCAACGGCAGGCAGGACGCUUACACUGGUGGCAAAGUCUGUUCAGAACCUGGCCAACCUGGUCGAAUUUGGUGCUAAGGAGCCUUACAUGGAGGGUGUGAAUCCUUUCAUCAAAAACAAUAAGCAUAGGAUGAUCAUGUUUCUGGAUGAGUUGGGGAAUGUUCCUGACCUCCCUGAAGCCACAGAGCACUUUAGGACUGAUCUGUCCCGAGACCUGGCUGCAUUGCACGAGGUCUGUGCCACACACUCAGAUGAGCUCCGGACGCUCAGUAACGAGAGGGGGGCUCAGCAGCAUGUUUUAAAGAAGCUGCUGGCCAUAACAGAGCUCCUCCAGCAGAAGCAGGCUCAGUAUGCCAUGUCCAACAGCAGCAGGUAGUACCACAUCCGUUCUACCCUCUCACCUUUCUUCACUCCCAUCUUCCUCCCCCACCCCACGACAAGUCUCCUCCACUGGGGUGCUGCACUGAGGAGACGUAGUAUGUUCUACCCUCAUCUCCAUGGCAACCCAUCCAACACCACCAUGCCUCAUGUCGUCCAAUCGUCCCAUCCAUCUUGUCCUGUUUGCCACCGCCAAGAGCUAUGCAACAACAGCUGAGUACAACCAAUGCAGUUCUAAUAAGAAACCUGCACCAGUGACUGACAGCUGUACGCACAGGAAAACCUUAGUUUGUUUUUUUUAACUGUGUGGAAGAUUCCAACUUGGUUUUUAUUCCUUUCCCUUGGUCUUGAGGGAGAAUGCUUGGAUUCGAUUAUCUGUACCUGCUAACAGAGAUUGCCAAAGUCAACCCCCCCUUUUGCUUCAUAUGAGGAAACUGACAUGAAGAAGCUAGUUAUCUCUUUUGUAACUGGAUUCAGAACAAGGAUGCUUUUAUACUGUAAUUAGUGAUUGAUUUAUUUUAAGUUUGUUGUGAUCAGCAAAGUGCUGAAACAAGCAUGCUUAUUUUGGUGAAAAACAAAAUAUGGUUAUUUUAUAUAAGAAUAAAUUCUCUUGCUGGGAUCAUGAGUAUAUAAGUGAGAUGAAUUCUUCUCCCUCAGAUUGUAUCAGCUAUUUUGAUUGUUUGGUUAAGCUUUUUUGUGCUGUUUUUUCCUCCAAACUUUGUAAUGCCAAGCAAGACAUAAUCAGAGAAACCAAGUAUAAUGCAAAGUGUUUACAGCAGAUGUUUUUGGAAAUAGUACCGACUGUAUCAGACAUGCAUGCACUUAUUAAACAGUUUUUGUUAAGUA